AGAAUGAAACUGAGCAGUAGAAAUAAAUCUAAGGGAGCCCAGUUGCCACAGACAGUGCAUAACAGUAGUGGUGGUACUUUUCCGGCAGGCCCAACUCCCAUGCAGACCAACUACGAUACUUCGUCAUCAGGUUAUAAUUCCUCAUUCGAUCCAACGAGCCAGCACAGUUUUCAGCCUACACCAAUUUUCAACAGCCCGCAUUCUAUAAAUCAGCCUUCACAGCCGAACCCACAAAUGAAUUUCCAGUCUCCGUUCAUGACGCCAACCACGCCAGCAGCCGACCCUCAAAUGCAAGCCAAUAAUGCUUACAACCCGAACGGUGGACCAAACCAGCAGUUUAUGAACCCAGUUGACCUGAUGAACAACCCAGCUGUGGCUCAAUUUGCAAUGCAAUAUGGACACAAUUUGGCGGAUUCAGGAAGAGCAGUUUUGAAUGAGAGAGUGGAGCGGUUUCUAUCAAUCACAAAGCUGAAGCAUUACUUCGCAGUAGACACGAAUUACGUGGUGAAGAAACUGAAGAUAUUGACGUUUCCGUUCCUGCACCAAGACUGGCAAGUGACUUUUAAUCAGGACGACCCGGUGGCACCCCAGUUCGAUGUGAAUGUGCCUGACCUCUACAUCCCCUCCAUGGCUUUCGUCACAUACAUUCUACUCGCAGGAGUCUGCCUCGGAAUCAAAAACACCUUCACUCCAGAGGACCUGGGUAUUCUGGGCAGCAGUGCAAUGGCGUGGUAUAUGUUGGAGCUGUUCCUCAUCUACGCUCUUACCUUCGUCCUCAACAUCAGCACCUCUUUCAGGUCCUUCAUCGACGUGCUUUCCUUCUGUGGAUACAAGUUCUACGCCAUGCUUAUUCUGCUGCUGGCCAGUAUGGUGGGAGGCAGUAUGGCCUACUACAUCGCAUGGGCCUACACCAGUGUGGCUUCAGUUUACUUCCUGAUCAAGACCAUCCGGCUGUGUAUCCUGUCGAAUGUGUCCAGAGACAGUUUUGUGCAGGAGAGUGCUGGCCAGAAGAGGAAGUGGUACUUCUUGCUCUACUUCGCCACCACCCAGCCACUCCUAACAUACUGGCUUACAGCACACGUUGCAGUGUCAUGAGAAAAGGAGGAGAGAUUCAGAAGUGUAGAAAUGGUGCCACGCAAUCAGCAGAUAAACUUGAAGCAGAAUUUUUUGUUUGAAACAACUUAUAAACUGUUUUCGUAUUUUAAAACUUUGAUAGAAUG